AUGCGCAUGCAUCAACAGAUUCAAGCUCUGGCGAGCGAAAACGAGACUCUUAAACAGCAGAACAAUGUAUUAUUGGCCUCUCAAGAUGCAUACAAAAAUGCCUUCAAGAUACUUGCAGCCUCGAUUUCCCUCGAUAUAUGCGACUCGGAUAUUACAAAGUUCGAUGGGAUCCCACCUGGCCUCAAAUCUACUGUCUACAAACCCUCUUUUCGACGUUCCGAGCCCCUUCGCCAGAACGACUACCCGAAGACAAAAUUUUGGACUCCUAGCCUGUAUGAAGCAUGGAAGAAGUCACCCAGUGCGCAAUACAUGGAUCACGGAACCUUUCCCUUUCUCGAAAAUACAGAUGGCGAGCCGAUCGAGAACUGUUGGGCUGCCUUAAAGCAAGAGAAUCGAGCCCCCAAUACCUGGGGCAAGGCCGGAAACAAGAUCCUUGAUGAGGUCGCAGAGGAGAUGGCUCGUCUACACCCUAUUCUUGCCUUAUGCGAAAACGGGUGGAAGGUACAUGCGAUCGCAACAGAGCGGUAUCCCUCGUGGACGGCUACACACCUGGACAAGAAAAAAAGGAAGGUCCAUGCCACAGGAUUCGACUGUAACGAUCGUGACUCAUCGAAACGACGGAAUGUAUCUGGGUCUACCGAUCCCGAGUCAGAUGGAUCGAAGUCUCAAAUCACUGCUAACGAGCCUACUGAUUCCCUCUCCGAGCCCUUGAAGGUGAAACAGGACACCCUGCCAAAAGAUGCUACCGUGACUCCCGCCCUCGAUCUGCAGAAUGGUUCAAAAAGCGAUAUUGGCACUUCUGAGCUGGAGCGACGGUCCAAUGAUCCACCACAGCCACCAUGUAUUGAAGUGUCGACUACGUUGUCUCUUCCUGUGCCCUGUAUCUCAUUGAUUAGCGCCGAUGAUUCGAACGAAUCUCCAGAAGCCUCAUCCCAUGCAAACACAGCCAAUUCGACCCCUCAAGAUACUAGUAGUGGUGCCAAGGCCACGUGCGAGAUUUCGUUCCCAAUAAUAAAAAACCCUCUCGCAAAGCUUGCGGGGCAAAAACAUCAAUCUGUUGUCCCCAACCCUGUAGCUCCUCCACCCUCCGUGUCCACCUCAUCAUCCGCAUCCACUUUGCCACCUACUGCACCCUCCACGUCAGCCAUUGUUGAGUCCAUAAGUGGCAAACGAUUUCGACCUGGCACAUCCAAGAACGGAAGGUCACUCUGUGCGCACCGCUGGUUGAAGCAGAUCGCUACUACAAACGGCUCGUCGGCGGACUUCAGGAUCUACUGGUCCGGCUUGACAAAGGACAAGCAAUUGGCAUACGAGACUGAUGCGCUGAAGCUGGUCAGCGACGACAUAUGGAACAGAAAUACUGUCGACAUCAUCAAUAGAUUCUCCAGCGGUGCACUAUAUUAA